UGUGGAAUGGAACGUGCCCAGACAUUUUUAAUUUCUUUCAUUGUCCCAUGUGCAUUAUUUAUGAAAAUCAAUUUAAAUUGGAUUGAUUUGUAGUUUUGUGACAGAAAUUAUUAUAAAAUACUAGUAACGCGAAACAUAAUCCAAUAUGGAUGUUUUAUCGCGACCCGCUGAAGAGUUUGGCAAUGAUGAAACUUUGGAGCGCUUAUGGGCUGCGAAAGCUAUGGAGCACAGUGAUAUUUACUUCAAUAUGCUUUGUUCCGUGGACACCAGAUGGCUGCAGUUGACUCCAAAUGAUGAUCUAAUAUACACACACUUCAAGCAAGACUUCCCAGACAUGGAUGUGUCCUAUGUCAAUGAAAAUGAAAUUAAGAACAGCACAAACAAAGCCAAGUGGAGAAUAUUUUGUGAAAAGUUUAAAAACAUUGUGGAAGACUACAGCUUCGGUACUCUCAUGAGAGCUGAUGCUAAGGGAGACUACUCUGAAAUGAAUACAAUGCUUGUUCCUAGAGUACAGUUUUAUGCCAUAGAAAUUGCAAGGAACAGAGAGAACCUGAACAAUGAAGUAAAGAAACGAUUCAAGUGUAUGGCAAAACCCAACAUAGAGGCUCAAGAACACUCCAGCAAGAUCGCCACAUAAAAAUAUUACAGCAUACAGGCUAGUUUUGACAAGGAAAGUUUGUUUUUAAAUAAUUUGAAAUCGAAAAAGGCAGUAACUGCAAACUGCCUAUUUGGGAGUGAUGAUAAUUAAUAUUAAUGCCUACUCUGUAGGAAUCGAAGACUUGUGAUAUUUAUGCAUUAAUUGAAGUAAAAUUAUUUGUAUAUUUUUAAUAGUAAUGGCAAUAAAAUCUGAGAGUAUGUCUUUGUAAACUAUCUCUUGUGAGGAACUAAUUUGAUCAUUUGUAUACUGAAUGUAACAUUUUCCUUUGUACUUACUAACAUAGCAGCUACUUAUAUACUUUUUGUAAGAAAUAAUGAUAAUUUUUAUUCCGUGUAGUUGAUUCUGUCAUGACUGGUAACUCUUCUUGUAUAAACUAGCCUAAUUUUUGAAGACCUAAGCAUUCUCAAAUAAUGAUCAAUGUUCAUGUAGCAUGUACUCUCUCUUAAUACACUUACAUAAUUACUGGCCAAAUAUACUAGCUCUAGAUAUUAGCCACCGUCCCACAAGUGACUAUAAUAAUAUGUACUCAAUUUUGCCUGCUUCUCAAUUUAAACAGUAUGCAUAGAAUAACAUAAUCAGUAAUACAUUUACCUAACUAAGUGCAUGUUUAGAUUUUAAAUAUUUUUACAAAAACAACUUUUAAUGCUAUAAUAAGAUAAAAGGCGGGCCUUUCUGUUAUAUUGAAACUUGUUUUUGUAAAAAUGUACACCUACCGAUUAGUAAGUUGUGAUUGUCUUAAUUGAAAAAUGAAUGAGGUGCUCUAUUGCUCAUACAUUUUUUAUAUUAAAAUUUAUAUACUAUCGUAAUUAUAAAAUGUGUAGUUUGAUUUACAUCUAACGGUGGUAUAAAUUGA